CCCCCGGAUUCCUCCUCCCUGGUUUGACUCCGAGCUUGACUUCAUCAUUAUUUCUCAAUUGAGUGUGUUGCGUGGCCUGAUGACCGCCUGCUUUGCCACCAGAAAUUUCCCACUUUAAACAGAAACAGUGUAGCCUGACGGGCACGGUCCUAUCGGUCAGGACCACAUUGUGAUACUUUCUUCUACCUCAUUUUUCGAACUCUAUUGCGGACUGGCAGUUUCUCCAGUCUCAAUCCCAUUGAUUCGAUUCCGAACUUGAUCCUCCGUGUAUCGUACCGUCAAUUGUGGGAAAUCUGACCACACGCCGCAAGUACCGACUCGGCCAUCCCCUUUCUCCGUCCGUGUCGCGAAACUCGAAAUCCCGAGGCCCUCUUCCUUCCGUCGUACCGGCUUUUGUGCUGCCAGAAACAGAGAACGACCAUGUCGACCUCGAUACACCUGUCGCGGUUCAGGAAAUGGCUGCUGGCCUCUCCGCCAAUGGAGUUUGUCAUUGCGCAACUCCGGGAGUUGUUGGUUGGGGCGAUCAAGCAGGGUCCAGUUCCACAGCAUAUCGCGUUCGUCAUGGACGGGAACCGGAGAUUUGCGCGGUCACAUGGCAUCGAGACCGUGGAGGGGCACAAUAUGGGUUUCGAGGCCCUGGCAAGAAUCCUCGAAGUAUGCUACAAGAGCGGAGUUAAGGUAGUGACGAUUUAUGCCUUCAGUAUCGAGAACUUCAAGCGGUCGAAGUUCGAGGUGGACGCCUUGAUGGAGAUGGCGCGGGUCAAGCUGUCCCAGAUGGCCCAGCACGGAGAGAUCCUGGAUCGGUAUGGCGCCAAAGUGCGGGUGUUGGGCCGACUGGACAUGCUGAAGCCCGAUGUCCUGGCUGCCGUCAACCGGGCGGUCGACAUGACGAGCGGGAACGGCGAGCGCAUCCUCAACAUCUGCUUUCCGUACACUUCGCGCGACGAGAUCACGGGCGCCAUCCGGGAUACUGUGUCGGAAUACAGCCAGCCGCUGCCGGCGAACCGCCCCUCGAACGCCAGCCAGCGUACGCCCUUCUCCGAGACACACAUCACGCAGACUAUCCGAGCCCGCGCGCAGCCCACGAAAGCGGACGAUCUGCCCAGUGACGUCGAGACCGCGUCGGAAUCGUCCAACGAGGACGGCGCCCCUCCAAACAACCUCCCGAACCAGGUCUACGAGUCCGGGUCUUCAUUCUCGUCCUCCUCCACCCUGCAUCUGGGCGGGCAAACGGACGCAGCCAACGGCAGGGAGAACUCGCCGCGGAAGGAGAAAGCCGUGUACAUGUCCCCCGAGACGAUCACCCGGCAGACGCUAACCGAGCAUAUGUUCACGGGCGACAAUCCUCCCUUGGAUCUCCUGGUCCGCACGUCGGGCGUGGAGCGGCUCAGCGACUUCAUGCUCUGGCAAUGCGACGAGGAGACGGAGAUUGUCUUCCUCGACGUCCUGUGGCCGGAUUUCGACCUGUGGCAUUUCCUGCCGGUGUUACUGGGCUGGCAGCGUCGGAUCUCCAAGGCGAAGAAGAACCCGGACGCGGAAGGCGACUUCGACGGGGAGAGUUACGAGUCCACCGAAGAGAGCAAUGGCAAGGUCAAGGGCUUGUAGUCGGAUUUGCGAUUUGCACAUAUAUCAUCAAGAACACCCUCAGGAGUUUGGAGUUGCUUUUUUUUUUUUUUUUUGACGCAUCAGCAGCAGUUGGAACUGAU